AUGGAAGAAUUGGAUGCCCGCCUCAAUACCAUUGCUGACAGAAGCGAGCUCCAAGAUGAGGGAGUUGUCAGGCCCUAUUCUGCCGAAUGGAAUGCAGCCCCUUAUCCCGAUGAGAUUGAUGAAACUGAAGAAGUAAUUCGUGAGUACAUUAACAAAAAUAUAAUCCUCGCUAACAAUUUACGUCAACAAAACUACCAACCGAUCCAUGGUGGCUCGAUUCCCAGUCAUGCAGUGAUCAACCGCGAUCGAGAAACUGCGCAUCAGAAUUUCACCAUAGAUUACUUUGCCGAUAAUCCAUGUUUUGGUGAAGAUAUGUUUCAUCGUCGAUAUCAGAUGUCUCGAAGUUUGUUCCUUUGUAUUGUUGAUGCAGUGAAAGAUCAUGACUAUUACUUCCAACAACAAAGUGAUGAACUUGGUAGAAUGGGAUUAUCACAGUUCCAGAAAGUAACAGUUGUUUUUCGUAUGUUGGCAUACGAUCUACCAGUUGAUGCUACGGACAAAUACGUUAAUAUAAGUGAGUCAACAGCAAUUGAAAGUAUGACAAAAUUUUGUCAUGCUAUGGUGGAGAUAUUCGCAGAGAGGUAUCUACGAACACCUAAUGCUAAUGAUAUUGCUAGGCUACUCUAUAUUGGUAAAAAAUAUGGUUUUCCAAGAAUGUUAGGAAGUCUUGAUUGUAUGCAUUGGAAAUGGAAAAUUUAUCUAACGGCAUGGUCUGGGCAAUACGCGGGACAUAGUGGGUCACCAACUAUUAUCCUUGAAACUGUAGUAGAUUAUGAUCUUUGA